AGUUUUCAAUCUAUUCUUUCAAACUAACCCUUUAAAAACAAAAAUAUUUAUUUUUCUUUAAGUUCUUUCUCUUCUUUAAGAACAUGACAAACUAGGUCUUUAAAAUCAUCUCUCCUUACUCAACCUCACCAAAAAUCUCUUUUCUUUAAUAACUUGUCUCUAUUCUUUCAAACUAACCCUUUAAAAACAAAUAUCUCCAUUUUUCUUUAAGUUCUUUCUAUUCUUUAAUAACAUGCAAAACUAGGUCUUUAAAAUUAUCUCUCCAUACUAAACUUAACCAAACAACCUUUCUUUCUUUUUUUUCCUCUAAGCCUUACCAAAGCUUUCUUUUUUAAUCUUUAAGUUGUGGAGGAAAAGACCCCAUCCCCCGAAUUGUCUAGGCCUUGAUUUGUUAACAUGGGCCUGUUUUGUUGCUAACAGGCCCUAAGCCUGAACCAAACUCACUGUGUCCCCUGACCGGGGGGUGUGGGGUGGAAAGCCCCAGAGGUGGGAAUAGUUUGCAAUAUGCUGUUGAAAUACAAUAACUGCCAUAUGUGCCUAAUACUUAAGAAAUGUGUUGACUGCUUGUGUGAGAUAAGAUUAUAAUCAAAUAGGUGUGAAGCUUUUGUAAUGGUAACCCAUAGGCCUAAGACAUGUGCAAUUGUAACCCAUGCCCUCCCUUACCCCUGCUGUGUAACUACCCCAUGAUACUGCUGCACCCCGUGAUGAGCAUGGUGUAACGGUCCCCCAUAAAUGGUAUGGUUUCAACACCCUGGAAAGUACCGGAGAAGACCCUAACUCUUAUUUACACCCAUAAAAGGGCAGGCCUUCGUACUUACGGGGUGAGACGGAGGAGACAUGGCCCAGUCAGAUAGAUCAACAGUGGACUGGACUCCUGCCAAUGGAUCAUUGGUGCCUCACAAAGACGCCCCGGGCACCGACGUCUUCUAUAAUCAAGGGGGAUUCUUCAUCGUCCGCUCUGACCUGGGCUGCUACCUGUGGACAGAGGAUCUAAAGAGUGGGACUGGCAUUAAGAUCCAGAGACUGCACCCCGCGUGCCAGGGUGGGGAUCACUACCUGAGUGACAAUAAGAACCCCCCCAACAUCUAUGUCAUCAAGGGCGACUCCUACCGGGUGGUGAAGGACUUGAGCACAGAUGCAGAGGCUGAAGUCCGUGAGCUGGCUUCCAGCUGCCGUGGCGGGGACCACUACACAUACUGUGGUUCCUGGUUCUAUAUCAUCUCCCAAAAUAAGGGUAGCCUGGACUAUGUCUGUGACCUGAGCACACCUAUUAGUGGGGGCCGGACUCCUCUGGAGCCUGAAUGCUCCAAGGGGCUCUUUUACUUCACCAUCGACAACCUCCCAACCCUGAUCAAGCUGGACGAGAAAUGGGGGGCUCAGUGUUACCUGUACAAAGAGUUUUUCUCCAACCACCCACGCUUUUCCUCCAUCCACCCCAAUGUGCUGAACUUCUUCCCUGGGGGGCUAGCCCUCGUUAAGGGAGCCUCAACUGGUGGCUGGGAGUGCAUCAAGACCCUGCACAAUGACUCCGAUUCUUCCAUCACUUGGUCCGACAAGGUCACCUGCAAGGUGGGCUAUGCCAAGCAGCAGAUGUCCAGCAUGGAGCACAACUGGAGCAUCUCUGCUGAGAUGUCCCUCGGGGCCGGAGAGCUCACCAAGCUCAUCACCCAGUUCCAGUUCUCCCUCAAGACCGAGUACGGCGGGAGAAGCAUCCGCACUGACCAAGAGGACUGGACUGAAGCCCGAGAAGAAGAGGAGUCAAUCCAGGUGACCCUGGAGCCCAAAAAGAACCUGUACAUCUGGCAGUACCGCCUUGGCAUAGGCCACAAGCCCGUCUUGUUCUGCAGGGAUGUCGAGUUCACCAAAGAAAACAACCCACCCGACCGCAUCCCUCUGCCUCCAGUCCCCUAAGCAUCCGUGAGGAUGGAGAAUGCCUGCACCAUGAAGCUAUGGUUGAUGUGUGUGUGUGUGUGAGCAUUGGCUUCCUAGAAAUCAUUGGGAUCAAAUCAGUCCCUUCAAAUCCAUGCUUAGUGCUUCCCAGUGCCCUCCUCCCAGCUUGCAAACCCGGCUCAUCUGCUUCCCAUUUCCCUCCUUCUCUCCAAAUCUUGUUACCAAGGUAGAUGAUUUCAUGACAUGUUCUCUUGGUCCUCUCUCAUUAUAAUCCACAGGCUGAAAUGAGCUUUAAGAUCAUUCUGGGGUAGAAUCUGCUGCUGAAAAACAAAGAAUGUAUCAAGCCUGAAUAAAGGUUUGAUUUUUUUUUCAGCAUUCA